GAAUUGGGGGCUUUCAGCCUGAAGUGGGCGUCGAGGAGACGAAACGGAGCGCAGCGCUCGUGGGAGAUCCGCACCUCCACGGAGAUCUCAGCUGGUGACUGAUUGGAACUGAACUUUGGCGAGUGGACAUGGACAGCACCUUCGACAAGCUCGACGCGGCCGGCUUCCUGGAAAUUUGGCAGCACUUUGACGCAGACGAUAAUGGAUACAUCGAAGGCAACGAGCUCGACGCUUUUUUCCAGCACCUGGCCAAGAAAGUGAAUGGCGGGGAUAAAAUAACAGCUGGGAGGGUUCAGAAUUUGAAAGAACGCUUCAUGUCCGCAUAUGGCGCUCGUGCAGAUGGACGCCUGCAAAUCCAAGAGCUGGCUAACAUGAUUCUUCCCGAAGACGAAAACUUCUUGCUGCUUUUUCGACGGGAGACACCGCUGGACAACAGUGUGGAGUUUAUGAGGAUCUGGCGCACGUAUGAUGCUGACAGCAGUGGAUUUAUUUCUGCCUUGGAGCUCAAGGAUUUUCUGAAGGAUCUGUUUCACCAGCAUAAGAAAGUCAUUUCACCGAAGAAACUUCAGGAGUACACGGACGCAAUGAUGCAGAUUUUUGACAAAAAUAAGGAUGGAAGACUGGACUUGAAUGAUCUGGCGAGAAUCCUUGCCCUGCAAGAAAACUUCCUGCUGCAGUUCAAAAUGGACGCUUGCAGUAAGGACGAACGAAAGCGCGACUUUGAGAAAAUCUUUGCCCACUAUGAUGUUAGUAAGACGGGGGCUCUGGAAGGACCUGAAGUGGACGGGUUUGUUAAAGACAUGAUGGAGCUGGUCAAGCCCAGCAUCAGUGGAUUAGACUUGGAUAAGUUUCGCCAAAUUCUUCUUCGACAUUGCGAUGUGAACCAGGAUGGAAAAAUUCAGAAGAAUGAAUUAGCUUUGUGCUUAGGGCUGAAAGUAAACCCCUAGAAGAAGGGGGUCUUGUGAAGGAUGUUUGUAGCCUUCGGUGAUUGAUGAGUAUCCUCCGUUGCUUUGUGUUUUAUUUGUAUUUUAUUUAUUUUUGGUCCUGUGGUCUCCUGAAGCCUUGCAUGACACUUAAUGGUGAAUCCCCUUGAAUCCAUCGUGUACCUGCUGCUGUAUGGUGUGUAACGAAACGUUUUAGCACACAAUUGUAAACAUUUCUCAGGAAACAAUAAAACUGAAUGCUGAAUUUA